AAGUUGUUCAAGUUGCUUGUAACAGUUUCAGCCAGCUGUGUGUGUAAUACGGGGGUGUCACCUUUCAAAGGCCAAUGAUCUAGCGACAAAAAGUGAGCGAUGGCAUGAAGAAUGGAAGAGUAAGUGCCUUUGAUGACCAAAAGUUACAUACGCCCGCAAAGCAACAACGAUUGCUAGCACUCGUUGUGAUGGAAUAAUAACAAUAUAAUAUUAUCAAUGUCACGCCAUCCUUUUCACUUCUCCUGACUCGUGUUCCGUGUCUCUCACAGGAUACCAUCGGCAGCGGGCGAAACCCGGUUCAACCGUCAAAAGUUUCUUGAGAUACUCACACUCCAUUACAGUACGGGACAAUCGUAUGGAAACCUCGCCAUCGUCGUAAGGGCAAGUUCUGUGUGAGAAAAGUCAAAAAGAGAGAAAGAGACUCGAGAUGGCACUUCAACCAUGUCUUUACGACGACAGCGCAACGGCUUCUGAUGACGACCAAACCUCUUCCUCUACAACCUCUUCUCGCUCCUCUUCCAAGGGAAAAUCAACGAAACCUCCAACGUCAACAUCAUCCAUUACAAGUGCCGCUCUACCAGAGCAGUGGUUCUGUGAACGUUGCGUGCCUCGACCUGUGGAUGCAUCUGCUGCUCGUGCCCGGCAAACCCGAAGAUUACAGGCUGACCGUGAACGCCUAUUCCGUGCAGCUGGAAUAGUCGAACAGAUACCUAAUGGGCGCAAGAAAAGUCGACCCGAAAACAUUGACAAACGGCGACGUAGUACCGUUACUGGCACUCAACAGAUUACAACGGAGUCAGUUCGAAGGUCAAAAUCUGGCACUUCUUCCCGGAAACCAACUUCCAACCGCAACCGUUCUUCAUCCGUCGAUAUUUCCCCACUGGACGAGGACACAAUGUUUGAACCUUGGGCAAAUGAAUUCGUUCGCAUCAACCAAGACGUUAUCGCGGACGAGGGUGUAAGACAAGCCAUUCGUCACUGGCGCUCGUCUAUCGAAGGUAACACCCGAGACUCUCCAACAUCCUCAUCACGCAGUCAACCUCCCAUGCCGAUCUCACCUGUUACUGAAUGCUCCCCGUUACCCCCACUACCAUCAAUCAAGGUGCCCCCUGUUCGCCUCCUUGUGAAGCAAGUCCCUCCAUCUGAGUGUCAACCAAUUCCGACUCCCACUAUCGCCUCACUGCCUCCCCCUAAUGCUACACCUUCUUAUCACGACAAUACCUUACACAACUCAGACCCCAAAUCUCUCUCGUAUGGUCGUCCGCCUACAUACGGCGUUUACACCUCCAAUUCGACCUCCGGAACCAUCCCAGCAGGCACGCUCCUUGCGACGUUCGUUUCCCGCAUCAUCCCCGUAUCAGCAUAUACCUGUGCGCCUUUGUCACAAUAUGCGCUACUACAACUGCCGAAGCCACACGUUCGCCUCAUCCCGCCUCCGCUAUCGCUAGCGCUUGAUGCAAGAGAAAUGGGCAAUGAGAGCAGGUUCAUACGGAACGGGUGUCAUCCCAAUGCAGUGAUAAGGCCUGUGAUCUCUGAGAGCAGCCCAGCCGGUGUGGAGUGGGGUGUGUACAGCAUGAGGAGUAUCAGUGCCAAGGGCGAGGAAAUCGUAUUGGGGUGGGAAUGGGAUGCGAACAGUCCUGUACAACUACUAAAUGAUGUCCUUGAGAACGGGUGCGCGGACGUACAAGAUGAAACGAACCUGAAAGCUGAGAUGUGCCAGAUAUUGUGCACGCUCGGUGGGACGUUCACCUCGUGUGCCUGCGGGAGUGGUCAGAAGCUCUCAGGUUCUAACAAAUGCGUCUUCACAUUGAUGUCUCAAUUUAUCUGUGAUCGGUCCCAGUUCACGGCAACCACACCUUUCCCACUCAGGAUGCAUGCACCGUCGUCGCCUGAGUCACUCGAUGGGACGAGUGUGAAGAAGGAAAAGCCUUAUCUUGGCCCAAUGCUUGCGUCUCCGUUUCGCCUCCCCCAGUCCGGAGUGAGAUAUCUCCUUGUUCCACUCCUCACACACCCACACCCACUCCAGGACCUGCCCCUUUAGCGAUCCGGCCGCCAAGUCCUACUACACCCCCUGCGAGACUGCACUCAAAGAGCUGGGCGAGCAUUGUAGGCUUGUAUGAUUCUCCGGGACCUCAGCCCAAGUUAU